AUGAACUGUUUCAAGUUUGAUUGUGCCGACAAACAGUGCAAGUUCCACGCGGAAGCCCAUUUGCACUGCGGACAUAAACGGUAAGACGCGUCGCUUGAAACUAGCGUACUCUUCUCUCUGUCUGUUCAGUUGCCAUUUCGCCUCCAACGAUUCGCUGCUCAUCUCCAACCAUUUGACCGUAUUCCACACGCGAACAACGCUAUUCCCGAGGACCGUCACUUCUAUCACAUCGACGUCGAGUGCCCGUCUGCCACGUGUCAAUUCAACCGAAGCAGCUCGCAUUGGCAUUGUGCCACGUGUCAAGGGGUACGGUAGCAUACUGUAGGAGGCAAGUGAGAACGAUGGCGUCGUUUCAGGGAUUCGAGAUUGUCGGUCUACACUGUUGUGCGACCGCCGCCGGUAAGAAGAUCGAUGUGAGUGGCGACUAGCAUCCAGCUGUUCCUUUUUGUGCAUAUUUCAGUGUUGCUCUCGUCCGUUCUGUAAGCUGAAGAAGAAGACGCACUUUCACUGCAAAAUAUGCGAUCAGGGCUUCUCGAACACGGCGAAACUGAUGAAUCACACGCAUCAUCGGACCGUUGUCCGAAAGCCAGUCGGUCGGAAAUUGAAGAAGCCCGAAUUCGAGCACUGUUUCGAACUCCGCGAGCCCAUCAUUUUCACGUUGGAAGACAAAACGGCUAAAUAGGGAGGGUUUACUGUUUCAAUGUACUUUUGAUUUCUAAUUCUGAUUAAGACUUAUAUUCGAAGACCUGUAUCUUCUAAACUUGUGAACAAAAAAGCUCUACACCUUUGCAAUUGAGCAUUAAGUUCAUUUUGCGCGUGUUCAGCGUAUAUUUGUUUUCCGCUUUUUUUUAAAUCGCUGAAUUGGAUUUUUUGACGUAGAAAAAACGGAAAACAAUCAUUUUUCACAGCCUAAAUAACUACAUUGCAAAGCGUACCUAUUGCACGGAUAGAACGCACAAUAAUAUUAUGAUCGUUUUGAAACGGCACUCGUUUUUCAAUUCAUCUCCAUCCGCGCUCUUCAGACGUACCCUGGCAACCCCAUAAAUCUCAACGACACUCGAUUUGAUCGGAGGAGAGAAAGAUAGAGUACACUGAGAACAACAACACAAUAACUCUGCGUCUCAAUAGAGAGUAUGGGAGAGUGAGAGACGCAGAGAGAGAGAGAGAGAAAGAGUGUCAGUUGUCUUUCGAUCCGCAUCGGCUCACUUUUGACGUUCUCCUGCCAUUCGACGACAAUCGGAUCAGAUCGGGAGGCGGAAGACGGAGAAACGGCCACGAACAUGUCUCUUUUUUCUUCUGUUUUCUCGUUUUAUUUAUUGCUUUGAAGCGCCCAUCCGAUUUGUGCUCUUUUCCAGAAUGAAAUCCUCAAUUCUACAGCUCGCUUUGAUGUGCGGACUCUUUUUUCGAGGUUAGUGUGAGAAAUGAGUGAAGUAAGCGGGCGAAGAAAGUGGUUGAACAAAUGGACAUUUUGAAGCUGAACAUUUCUAGCCGUUUUCGGCGUUUCAGGAAGAUCCGAUCGGUCUGAAAAUUGAACCCAACGUUAUAAGUGUCUCUCUGCGGUAAUUUCUGUACUAGUUUAGUGAAAUCUCGAAUCUUGAAUCUCCUUCACGUUGACUGGACGUCCAAAAAUUAUUUCCAAUACAUUUCCAGUUAGGCAUGCGCUAAUAACAAAGGUUUGAAAGGGAGAAGUGAACUUUAGUUGCGUUUUGACAGACUUGCGGACUCCAACUUGAUCUUACUGUUGCCGCAAAGCCAACGGCUCUAAUGGAUCGUAUAAAACCGUUUCUUUUCCAGGCCACACGCUUGGAUGCAUGAAGAAAGUGUGUGGAAACAACGCGAGAAACGAGUUCCGUCGAUGCCCGGACGUGGACGGAUCCUGUGGAAACUACCACACGGAACGGUGA